UUAUAAUACUUAUCUUAUAGAAAAAAUGAGCAGCGAACCUUUGCAAGAAAUUAACGACGGUGAAAUUGAGUCCAACUGGGAUGAAGUUGUUGAUAACUUCGACAACAUGAACCUCAAGCCCGAGCUUCUUCGUGGCGUUUAUGCUUAUGGUUUCGAAAGACCCUCUGCUAUUCAACAACGUGCUAUCAUGCCUGUUGUUAAGGGUCAUGAUGUAAUCGCUCAAGCUCAAUCCGGUACCGGUAAAACCGCUACCUUCUCCAUCUCUACUCUUCAAUCCAUUGAUGUUGAUCUUAAGGAGCCUCAAGCUUUGAUUCUCGCUCCUACCAGAGAAUUGGCUCUUCAAAUCCAAAAGGUCGUUUUGGCCCUCGGUGACUUUAUGGGUGUUAAGAGUCAUGCCUGUAUUGGUGGUACCAAUGUCCGUGAAGACAUUGAAAUUCUUCAAUCCGGUGUUCAAGUCAUUGUCGGUACUCCUGGUCGUGUUUUCGAUAUGAUUCAAAACAGACGUGCCUUCAACACCAAGCACAUGAAGUUGUUCGUUUUAGAUGAAGCCGAUGAAAUGUUAUCACGUGGUUUCAAAGAUCAAAUCUACGACGUUUUCCAAUUGAUGCCUGACACCAUCCAAGUUGUUCUUUUGUCCGCUACCAUGCCUGCUGAAGUCUUGGAAGUCACCAAGAAGUUCAUGAGAGAUCCUAUUCGUAUUCUCGUCAAGCGUGAUGAAUUGACCCUUGAAGGUAUUAAGCAAUUCUACAUUGCCGUCGAUAAGGAAGAAUGGAAGCUCGAUACCCUCUGCGAUUUGUAUGAAACGGUUACUAUCACCCAAGCCGUUAUUUUCUGUAACACUCGUAGAAAGGUUGAUUGGUUGACUGAUAAGCUCCAAGCUCGUGAAUUCACUGUUUCUGCUAUGCACGGUGAUAUGGAUCAAGCUCAACGUGAUGUUAUCAUGAAGGAGUUCCGUUCUGGUUCCUCUCGUGUUUUGAUUACUACCGAUUUGUUGGCUCGUGGUAUUGAUGUCCAACAAGUUUCUUUGGUUAUUAACUACGAUUUACCUACAAACCGUGAAAACUAUAUUCACAGAAUUGGUCGUGGUGGUCGUUUCGGUCGUAAGGGUGUUGCUAUCAACUUUGUCAGCCAAGAUGAUGUCCGCGCUAUGCGUGAUAUUGAACAAUUCUACAACACUCAAAUUGAUGAAAUGCCAAUGAACGUGGCUGAUUUGAUCUAAUUAUAUAUCAUGCAUUUUCUCUCUAAUUGUGGGUCUCGUUAUCGACACUUUAAUUGUACUAUUUCCCCCUUUUUUUCAUUUUUUUUUCCUGAAUAAAAUUAUAUAGAACGAUGUUGAUUUGUACAUAUUCCAAAAG